AAUCGCAAUGGCCAAGCUCUUCGUGUCCUGUGUUGGCUUCUGUAUCAUCGCAUCGAUCAACACCAUCCUGGCACUUCCGCUUACUGAGCCGCCACUGAUCCACGACCACCCCUUUGUGGCCAUAUGGAAUGCCCCAACUGACCAGUGUCAACAACUCGACAUCCCGCUGGACACCGCAGCCUUCCAGGCGGUGACCACACCUGCCGCGGUGCCUGGUCAAUUCCUCACCCUCUUCUACGAGGACCGCCUCGGCCUCUACCCUAAAGUUGACACUGCCAAACGCAAGCGCUACAGAGGCGGAGUCCCCCAAAACGGCAACCUGACGUUGCAUCUGGCCACGGCUCGGGGUCAAAUAGAUCGCGGAAUCUCCCAAGAUUCCGCUCCUGGGCUGGCUGUCAUCGACUGGGAGUCCUGGCGCCCCCUGUGGGAACAGAACUGGGGAUCUAAAAAUAUUUAUAAGAAGUUGUCCAUCAGCCACGCCCUGCAGAUGGCCCCAUUUUUGUCAUCAAAUAAGAUUUCCCAACUGGCAAAAGGCCAGUUCCAGCAAGCCGGGCGGCGCUUCAUGGAGAAGACCAUCAGCCUUGGUGUCGGCGAACGACCGAGCCGCCGCUGGGGCUUCUACCUGUUCCCUGACUGCUACAACUAUGGCUGGGAGAAGCCCAACUACACAGGGAAGUGCUCUGCAAAGAUCCAGAAGCAGAACAACCAGAUGCUGUGGCUGUGGGAGCACAGCACCGCCCUCUUCCCAUCUGUCUACCUCCACCUGACCCUGAGGAACUCCCCCAAGGCCGCGCUCUACGUCCGCAACCGUGUCCAGGAGGCGCUGAGGGUGGCCGCGCUGCCUAAACGUCCAUACACCAUGCCGAUCUACGUCUACUCCAGACCACUGUACCGUGCCCAGACCCAGAAGUUCCAGACCCAGGCCGACCUGGUGAGCACUGUAGGAGAGUCUGCAGCUCUGGGAGCUUCAGGGGUCGUAAUGUGGGGAGGAACUAAAGACUACAACAACAAGGCUGCCUGUCAGUCUCUGUCCGAGUACCUGACGUCCACCUUUAACCCUUACAUCGCCAACGUGACCGCGGCCGCCAUGCUCUGCAGCGAGGUCCUGUGCCAGAAGAAAGGUCGAUGCGUCAGGAAGAACUACAACUCCACCCACUACCUGCACCUGAACCCCACCUACUUCAGCAUCAUUCGGGCUGACAGGAAGUACGUGGCCAUUGGUCUUCCAUCCACCGCUGACCUGGACGACUGGCGCGAAAACUUCACCUGCCAGUGCUACGCGGGAGGGAGCUGUUCAGCCAACCUGGUGCAUCCCACCAAAAUAAAACGUAUCUGGGUUUAAUCCAUUUACUGUUUUUAGAAUUGUGCCUCCUGCUAAUCCACAAUGCUAUCAUGUAGUCAUUAAAACUACUGUGUGUAAUUUGAUAUAAUUUGAAUAAUAGAAUGUGAAAAAAUGAUACAUUUUGCAAGUUACAUCAUUUAAUGUGAGUCUUUCCCACGUCAGACACAUUACUGAUUGAUUUGAAUUGAACACCAAAAGGCACCUUAAUAAAUGAUCUUCUGAAAACA